AAAGACAAAAAGAGGAUAGAAAAUGACGGAAAGUGAAGGAAAGUGUGAGAAAAUGGACAAACAGAAGAAAGGUAGAAACCUGCUCGCCUUCACCGGAACUGCUGCGUUGCUCGCAAUUGCUGUGAACCUCGCUCUCACCGCUAUCAAGUACCGGAAGGAAAAAAAUGCAAAGACGAAAGGUACUCCUUCUUGUUCUAAGGUGCUUGUUAACCUAUCAGCAUCUGAGAUUCUUAAGUUGGCAGACCAAAUCAUUGCCAAGUCAAACGAGGUCCAUAAUUCUGUUGCGUCGGUGCCUCUCGAUAAGGUUACAUGCACGAAUGUUAUAUCACCUCUGGCAGAAUUGCAAGCGAUGCAAUUCCCACUGAUCCAAUCAUGUGUCUUUCCGAAGCUGGUAUCUACUCGGGAGGAUGUGCGCAAAGCAAGUGCAGAAGCAGAGCGAAGAAUAGAUACUCAUCUUGAUGUGUGCAGCAAACGUGAAGAUGUAUAUCUUGUUGUUAAAGCAUUUGCAGUAAGGGGGGAUUGGAUGAAUGCUGAAGUCAAACGCUUUGUUCAAAUUCUGGUGAGAGACUUUGAACGAAAUGGAUUGAACCUCACUGCGAGCAAAAGAGAAGAGUUGCUACGUCUAAGGGCCCAGAUUGAUGAGUUAAGCUUUAGAUAUAUCCAAAAUCUCAAUGAUGAUAGCACGUUUCUUCUCUUCAACGAGGCAGAGUUACUUGGAUUACCUACAGAGUUUCUCAAGGGUUUAGAUAAAUCUGAAAAUGGAAAAUUGAAGAUCUCUCUGAGAAGUCAUCAUGUCGCAGCUGUACUUGAAUUUUGCAAGGUAGGAACUACAAGGCGGAUGGUAUCAGGGGCGUAUGGGAAUAGAUGUGGAGAAGUCAAUCUUACUAUUUUGGAAUGUCUGGUGCAACAACGCCAUAAAUAUGCUCGUUUACUUGGCUAUUCAUGCUAUGCAGAGUAUGCCGUUGAUGUUAGAAUGGCAAAGACACCUACAAAGGUGUUUGAGUUCUUGGAAGGCAUAUCAACAAGUUUGACUGACUUGGCCAUGGAAGAACUUGAAAUGUUGAAAAAUUUGAAGAAGAAAGAGGAAGGGGAAUUUCCAUUUGGAAUUGAGGACCUACUGUAUUAUGUAAAACGGGUUGAAGAGCAGAGUUAUGAUUUGGACUUUGGCGAGAUCAAGCAAUACUUACCAAUUAAUUUAGUUCUAUCUGGGAUCUUCAAAAUUGUCCAAGAUCUAUUUGGUUUAAAGUUUGAGGAAAUUGCAGGAGCUGAGGUUUGGCACUGUGAUGUUCGUGUUUUUUCAGUACUUGACUUAGGUUCUAGUGAACUCUUAGGUUAUUGCUACCUUGAUUUGUUCUCGAGGGAAGGAAAAUUUGGCCAUACUUGUGUGAUGGCUCUCCAGAACAGUGCAUUAACAAUCAGUGGAGCACAACAGAUACCAGUUGCAUUACUAAUAUCUCAGUAUCAAAAGGAUGCCGACAGUACUCCAGGAUUAUUGCGGUUUUCUGAAGUGGUCAGUCUUUUCCACGAGUUUGGCCAUGUGGUUCAACAAAUUUGCAACCGUGCAUCAUUUGCUAGAUUUUCUGGAUUACGUGUUGAUCCUGACUUUGUGGAAAUACCUGCUAAACUGCUAGAAAACUGGUGUUAUGAAAGCUUUUCUCUGAAGUUGAUUUCUGGAUUUCAUCAGGAUAUUACAAAGCCCAUAAAGGAUGACAUAUGCAAAUCAAUUAAAAGAUGGAUGACUUCCUUUUCUGCACUUAAAUUGAAGCAAGAGAUUCUAUACUGUCUUUUUGACCAAAUCAUACAUUCUGCGGAUAACAUAGACAUUCAAGAGUUAUUCAAGCAUCUUCAUGCCAAGGUGAUGUUAGGCUUGCCCGUAUUAGAAGGAACCAAUCCAGCUUCAUGUUUUCCUUCUAGUGUUAUUGGUUAUGAAGCAGCGUGCUACAGUCGUAUAUGGAGUGAGGUUUUUGCUGCUGAUAUAUUCGCCUCAAAGUUCUGCAAUAAUGUUUCAAACCAGCAUGCCGGAAUGCAAUUUAGGAACAAGGUAUUGGCCCCAGGAGGAGCGAAGGAUUCUAUUGGAAUGUUAUCGGACUUUCUAGGAAGAGAACCAUCAAUUGAAGCUUACAUUGAGAACAAAGCCAAGUAUAUUUUGUAAGGCUUUUUCGUCGAGUAUUUGUCUAUUGACAUUUUUUAU